AUGGCAGUUAUACGAAGAUCUAGAGGUGUUGUGUUUGUAACAGCAUUCUUAGCUAUCAAUUUAAUCAUACUAUCCCUAUUCCAUGUCAAAACAAUAAACACAGUGAUCAUAAAAAGUCCUAGUUUCGAAUAUAUUAAACAAUUAAUUUUCCAGAAUAAAAAUCCAGAUAUAAGUAUAGAAGAAUCAAAUGCAUUUUAUGGUAAAAUUCUUGAUAUGAGCAAAGAUAAGCUAGAGAAGAAUUCAGAGGUUUAUAAAUCAAGAAAAUAUUCGGAUCUAGAUAUCAAAGAUAUUAUUGAAAUACCUCCGGAUAUUCCUAAAAGUUAUCAACGAUUCGAUCCAAGAUUUACAUUUGGACUUUUAUUGCAAUAUAUAAAUUCACAACCACAAGAUAAUAUACAGGGUUUAGAAAUCCCGAGUUUCCAUUGGAGUGAUUAUGUUGAUAUGUCAAGUUUAGAAUCAGUUUUAUUAAGUAAAGAAAAACGCAAAUGUGAAUCAUUUGAUGUUACUAAAAGAAACCCAAGAACUAAUUUAAGAGAUGAUUUGAGAUAUCCUAAUCUUUAUUGUAUUGAUGAUGAAGAAAUUGAAGAGAUUUUAAAUAAUCAAGAAGAGAAUUCAAAACAUAAUCCUGAAUUCAAAGCAAGAUUAAGAGAAAUAUCAUCACUGUCUGUUUCAACUGGUUUUCAUAUAUUUGCAUGGACGGGUAGAAAUACUAAACUUAAUCGACCAUUAUUAGGUAGAUCUUAUAUUAUGGAUUUCAUGCCAAUUCCUUCAACUUUGGUAUUUUUAUUACCUAAUUCAAAGAGAAUUCAAUUCAAUAUCAAUCAACAAAAUAGAAAGAAAAUAUCAUAUACCCCAGAAUUAUUCAAGACUGAUAUAACUAUUAAUUUAAAUCAAGAAAUUCAAAAUUUAGUUAAAAAAUUACCAACUGAAGAGCAUUUACCUUAUGAAAAGCAUUUAAAACAUGAUGCAUUUGUUGAUAAGUCUCAAAAUCUUGUUGAUGAUCUUAUAAAAUAUGAAUCUUCUUUGAACAAAACUGAUAAGCAAUAUCUUGAGUCAUUACAAAAUUCAUUGACUAUUACAAAUCCACCAAAAUAUUUCUACGAAGGUAAACUCAUUAAAAGAGAAGCCAAUUUUGCACUUGGAGGUCAUUAUGAUUGGAGAUUUAUGGAUGGGAUAAUUAAUAAUACACCAAAAUUAUCAGUAUCAAUUCAUCAAUUAAUUAAAUCUUGGUUAAGAUUAACAAAUCAAUAUGGCUUAAGUACUUGGAUAGCACAUGGUUCUUUAUUAUCUUGGUAUUGGAAUGGAAUGCAAUUCCCUUGGGAUACUGAUAUUGAUGUACAAAUGCCAAUUGAAGAUUUACAUAAAUUAGCAAGAAAUUUUAAUCAGUCAAUGAUUGUUGAUUUUGGAAAUAAUGAAUCUGAGUUAAAAUUUGGAAGAUAUUUCUUAGAUGUUUCAAAUAUUUUAUCACAAAGAACAAGAGGAAAUGGGAAUAACAAUAUUGAUGCAAGAUUUAUUGAUGUUGAAACUGGAUUGUAUAUUGAUAUUACUGGAUUAGCAAUUAGUGAAAGUAGAGCACCAGUUAGAUAUAAUUCAUUAUUAGAUGGAUCAGGAUUAGAAAGAUCAAGUAGAGAUGCAACUAUAACUCAAACCCAAAGAAAUCAAUAUUUACAAGCUUACAAUUGUCGAAAUAAUCAUUUUUCAAGACUUAGUGAAUUAUCUCCAUUAAGGUUAAGUAUGGUUGAAGGAGAAUUUUCUUAUGUACCUAGUGAAUUCGAAACUAUUUUAAAAAUUGAAUAUGGUGAAAAAUCAAUGGCCAAUGUUGACUUUAAAGGAUAUGUUUAUUUACCAAAAUUAAGAAUGUGGGUUAAAAAGAGUCCAAUUGUUGAUUAUGUACUUAAAGAUUUAACACACAAGGAGAAAGUAGCCAUAAAGAAAUCAGCUAAACCAAUUACAAUUGAUUUAAAUGAUGAACAAUAUUUGGAAUAUUUCUUGCAAAAUCAAGAUAGUUUGCUUGAUUAUUUGGUAACUAACAAUAUCACAUUAAUUCAUGAAAAUGAAAUUAUUGAUUUCUUAGAUGGGAAAUCCACCAAAUCUAUAUAUUUCAAAGAUGGUGUACCAAAUGUUGUAUUGUUGACUGAUUUAAGACAAGAUUUGUUUAAAUUCAAAGCAAUAAUGUCAAAUUAUGAUUAUGCACAAGAGAUAAAUAAGCUCAAAGUAUCAUUAGAUGAAACCCAAUCAUCUCUUGACCCUGAUAUUGCCAACAAUCAAGCUCCAAAAAUAAACAAAAAAGAUGAAGAGAAUCAUAGAAAUAAAUUAAUUCCUGGUGAAUUUAUAUAG